CCUUUCCUUUACACAUCUUCGACUGUUUUCCAGCCGGUUACUUUAAAGUGGUGCACAAGAGCAGCUCACCGGAUGUUGAUCUUCACACGUUGCCGUCGUUCAGAGUUGUAGUUGAACUCUCUCAUCUUUUAUCGCUCAUCAACUCUCAUCGCUGCAGCUUGUAGUCAUUUAAAGAAAAGCUGGUUGUAUUAAGUUCAGGAUGUCUGCGUCGUUGAUCCGGAGAGGACUGGAGCUGCUGAACGAAGACAUUAAAGAUGCCAGUAAAGUGAAGAAGAAGAAGAAGAAGCAGCAGCAGCAGCAGACGCCCAGCUCAGCCACAGUGAUGGAGCUGGUGAGCACAAAGCGGCAGGGGGUGACCAAGCAGGUCAAGCGGCUGCAGGGUCGCCUGGGUCCCGGCAGAAAUAAAGCUACAGUCAAAGACAAGAGGAUCAAGUCUGCAGUGGAGGAGUUCAGGAAGAAGCAGAGGAAGAGCCAGAUGAGCGCGAACCUCAAGUACUUUAUGGAAGCUGGCGUUAAAACAAGAGAUUCAGACACUAUGAAGAUCCUGAGCCAUAAUUCAGGGAGACAGUCCAGGAAUCGGCCGGAGCCACCCCCCAAGAAGGCCAAGGAGACGGAGUCGUUGUUCACGGAGGCGGAGUUCAAGCAGUUCCAGAAGGAAUACUUUGGCAGGACUGUCGAGGAGAAGAAAUAAAGCACACCGAGAAACACAAAGACACUUCGUCCACAGUGGAAACAGCAGAGCUGCUGGUCUUCACAUUCUUCUUUAUAUAUGGUUGUGGUGGUCUCCUCCAGUCACAAUCAGGAUAGUCCAGUUUGGACUUGAAUUUAAUUGUAUUCAGACAUUUUUUUUUUACUAUCGAGCAGAAAUUCAAACACACUGUAUUCAUUUUUCAAUAUCAAGAACCACAGGUUGACUUUGUUAUUUUUAUUCAGGGUGUAAGAGCAAUAAAUCUAUAUGCAUAAAAUGGAUGGCUUGGUAUAAGUUUUUCCAUGAUCACAGCUUACUAGACUCCUUCCAGUAAAACAGGGUGAAGUAUUAUUAUUAAUUAUAAUAAGAUAAAUGUGUUAUUAGCAAUGUUUACAUAAAAAAUAAAAUUGCUAAAUAAU